AAAGAAACACAUCUCGUACUAAGAUUUCCCUUUUAUAAUUUUUUUCUUCUUUUGAAAUUUCAAUGGCUUCCCAAGAUAAACAGCUUCACUUUCUCAUGUUCCCUCUUAUGGCACAAGGCCACAUGAUCCCAAUGGUAGACAUAGCCAGAAUGUUGGCUGAACGUGGUGCCAAGAUCACCAUAGUCACCACACCAGGCAACGCAUCCCGUUUCGAGAGAGUUCUUGCUCGAGCCGUUGAAACCGGGUUAAAUAUUAAUUUAAUCCAACUGAGGUUUCCUUCAAAAGAAGUAGGAUUACCUGAAGAGUGUGAGAAUUUUGACACGAUGCCUUCCUUAGCUUGUGCCUCAAAACUCUUACUCGCAGCCUCUAUGAUGCAACAGCCGGCAGAGAAAAGGUUUGAAGAGCUUAAGCCUAGGCCAAAUUGCAUAAUAUCUGACAUGUGUUUGCCGUGGACAAUCAACAUAGCUCGAAAGUUCAACAUUCCAAGGAUAUCAUUCCUUGGAGUAUGCUGCUUCUGCAUGUUAUGCUUGUACAAUGUGCAUAGUUCCAAGGCUCUUGACCAUAUAAGUUCUGAAACAGAGCGCUUUCUUCUCCCUGAUUUGCCAGACCGGAUUGAGAUUACCAAAGCUCAGCUACCACAUAUUGCAACGAGUUCAGAUCUGAAAGAAUUUCAUGAGCAAAGGAUGAAGGCUGAGAUUGAGUCUUAUGGAGUAAUCAUUAAUAGUUUUGAAGAGUUGGAGCCCGCAUAUGUCCAGGACUACAAGAAGGUGAGGAGCGAUAAAGUUUGGUGUAUUGGCCCAGUUUCCUUAUGCAACAAAGAUGAAUGGGAUAAGGCUGAGAGAGGUAACAAGUCUUCUGUUGAUGAACAUCAGUGUCUCAAGUGGCUUGAUUUGUGGAAACCAACAUCUGUAGCUUAUGUUUGCCUAGGAAGCUUAUGUAAUUUAGUACCUUCACAGUUGAUAGAACUUGGACUAGGCUUGGAAGCAUCAAACAAACCGUUCAUUUGGGUUAUAAGAGGGGGGGCUAGUACUUCAGAAGAAGUAGAUAAAUGGAUCAAAGAAGAUGGGUUUGAAGAAAGGACCAAGGGAAGAGGGUUGGUCAUCCGGGGUUGGGCACCACAAAUACUAAUAUUAUCACACCCUGCUGUUGGGGUGUUCUUAACUCACUGUGGAUGGAAUUCAACUCUUGAAGGAAUAAGUGCUGGGGUCCCCAUGGUUACUUGGCCGCUAUUUGCUGACCAGUUUCUUAAUGAGAAACUGGCUGUGCAAGUUUUGAAUGUAGCAGUAACUCUGGGGUUGGAAGAGCCAAUGAAAUGGGGAGAGGAAGAGAGAGUUGGGGUUAAGGUGAAGAGGGAAACUAUUAAGAGAGCUUUAGAGGAAGUGUUGGAUGAAGGAGAAGAAAGCUUGGAGAGAAGGAAAAGAGCUAGAAAGCUUGGGGAGAUGGCAAAGAGAGCCGUUGAAGAAGGUGGGUCUUCACACCUUAAUAUGACAUUGUUUUUAGAAGACAUCGUGCAAUUAGAAGGCAGUAAUCAGUAGCAAGAGUAAGAAGAGCUAAAAGCAAUGUACUUUCUUGUUUGUUAGGAAAAAUUGCUUUGAAUGUUCCUUGUUGAUUCAAAUGCUCUUCAGCAUUAGGUUGUUUCUUUUAAGUACACGAAUGGGGAUAGAUGGCGGUGCAUAUAGUGUGUUAGAGAAUAAUACAUUUGAGGGAAGAGGAUUACAAUAAAAUAAUUUAUAAUAAUAAUAAUAGGAUUGAGAUUACAU